CAUCCCGGCAGGAGCUCAUUCUCCCAUCCUUCCUAUUCAAAGUGCCCUCCUCUCAACAAUUUUAUCAUUACAGAGCCGACAAACUAACGAGCAUCAAAACACUACCUUGUGCAAUUAGCUGGAUAUUGGGGUGGUAAGGCAUGAUUGACAGCGCCGAACUAUAUAAUCAUCUGUGUCCUAAGGCGGUGAGAUCGGAUUGGGUCCCGACGUGCAUUUGAACCCCUUUACUUUUAUAUUAGCAUCUAUCUGUAUAAUGUGAGGACGCUCCCGUCCUUAUGGUGAAGUGUUGACCCCGAGAUUGCUGCCUUCCAACUUUAUUUUUUUGGGGGAAAAAAAACUUUUCCCCCCCUCGGUAUCAAACCUCUCUCUCUGCCACUUACACCCUGCCACACUCAUGGAUUUGUACCUGUUUGGAUUUGUGCUGUCGCUUCUGUUGAAUUCGACCCGCGGUCUGGCUGGCUAUCCGAUCUGGUGGUCUCUGGCUCUGGGGCAUCAGUACUCGUCUCUCGGUUCCCAACCCAUCCUCUGCGGUAGUAUCCCGGGUCUAGUCCCAAAGCAACUCCGCUUCUGCAGGAACUACAUCGAGAUCAUGCCCAGUGUGGCCGAGGGAGUCAAGAUCGGGAUCCAGGAGUGCCAACAUCAGUUCCGGGGCAGGAGGUGGAACUGUACGACUGUCAAUGACAACCUGGCCAUCUUCGGACCAGUUCUGGAUAAAGCCACCCGGGAGUCUGCCUUUGUCCAUGCCAUUGCCUCAGCUGGAGUGGCCUUUGCCGUGACACGUUCCUGCGCCGAGGGCUCCAACACCAUCUGUGGCUGCGACUCGCACCACAAGGGUCCGCCGGGCGAGGGCUGGAAGUGGGGGGGCUGCAGCGAGGAUGCCGAGUUUGGCGUGCUGGUGUCCAGGGAGUUUGCUGACGCACGGGAGAACAGGCCCGAUGCCAGGUCUGCAAUGAACCGACAUAACAACGAGGCUGGACGGACGUCAAUCCUGGAUCACAUGCACCUGAAAUGCAAAUGCCAUGGUUUAUCUGGGAGCUGCGAGGUGAAGACCUGCUGGUGGGCCCAGCCGGAUUUCCGGGUGAUUGGGGAUUAUCUGAAAGAUAAAUACGACAGUGCAUCUGAGAUGGUGGUGGAGAAGCACAGAGAGUCCCGGGGCUGGGUAGAAACCCUUCGUGCCAAGUACGAGCUCUUUAAACCGCCGACCGAGAGGGACCUUGUCUAUUAUGAAAACUCGCCAAACUUUUGCGAGCCAAACCCCGAGACUGGCUCUUUUGGGACCAGGGACAGGAUCUGCAACGUCACAUCUCACGGCAUCGACGGUUGCGACUUGCUGUGCUGCGGCCGUGGACACAACACCAGGACGGAGAAACGCAAGGAGAAGUGUCAUUGCAUAUUCCACUGGUGUUGUUAUGUCAGUUGUCAGGAGUGUGUUCGUGUAUAUGAUGUACAUACAUGCAAAUAACAUGACACACAAUCCCCCCGAACAUCAAUAACAAACUCGCAUGCAUACAUGCACACACACACACACACACACACACACACACACACACACACACACACACACACACACACACACACACACACACACACACACACACACACACACACACACACACACACACACACACACACACUGGCACCAUCCAGCCACUGUUGGGCAAAGCAGGAUAUGUGAAAUUUGGUUUUCACAUACAUUGUCAAAAAUGAAUUCUGGGGAAUGUAGUCUCUAAUUAAUCAAAAUUAUUAUUUUAUUCAAAUACUAGGAGGUCAUAAUUUAAAAUGAUUGAGGAAAGAGGUGACAUUUUUCAUUGAACCCCAAACGGGUUCUGUAUAAUAAUUGUAUCUUGUUCCCUACCAUAUCUUGCUCCCAUCUUCCCAGACUACUCUUACACUUGAGCAGCUGCCAUUUUGUGUUACUUAAUUUCAGUAACUUUUAUUCAUUAUCAUUAUUAGUCAUAAUUACUGAUCCCAUAGUUUUAACUAUUAUGGGUUGGUUUAUUGUAUCCCAGCAACCUGAUAAGUAAUUAUGACUAAUAAUGCUAAUGAAUAAUUGGAAGAAUUAUAGCUCAUUGCCAAUGAUCAUAACUUGGAUGGAGUGGUUUUAGAAGUGAGAAAUGCAAAGCCAAUUUGUGUGAUCAUCUCUGGGAUAUAGAUUGUCAUCGGGAUAGAGGUGAAGGGAUGGGGAGGAGGGCGCUGUUCUUUGGAAAUAGUCAUCACUCAAGCAAACUGAACCACCACUCAAAACAUUGAUAGUGUAGUAAAGGUACACAGAGCUAAAUUCAGGAUAUGCCAUUGGGAAGUUUGGAAGAACUUGGGUACAUAAAACAUAGAAUAAUACAGCAUAGGAAUUGGCUCUUUGGCUCACAAAUGUCUGUGCUGGACAUGAUGCCAAGUUAAACUGGUUCCAUCUGCAUGCUUGUCAUCCACAUCCCUCCCUUCCCUGCAUAUCCUUGUGCCUUUCUAAAAUACCCUUAAAUGCCACUAUCGUAUCUGCCUCCUCCAACACAUCUGGCAGCACAUUCCAGGCACCCACCAAUUUCCACGUAAAAACUUGGCUUUAUAUCUCCUUUGACCCUCUUAUCUAGUGUUUGACAUUUCCACCCAGUGAAAAAAAUUCUGAUUGUCUAUCCUAUCUGUGCCUCUCAUAACUUUAUAUAGUUCUAUCAGUUCUCUCCUCAGCCUCUGAUGUUCCAGGUCGAAGGAUUUACAAUAGAAAUUCUUCAACAAAUACAUAUUUUAAAAUGUCCCCGAGAAUGCCGGCUUUGAGGAGCUUUGUAUAUGAAAUUAUUUUUGAAUAUUUGAUAAAACAUUAAUCUAAUCUGAAAUAAAGUUCCCCAGAAAGGAAAGCUGGUGCCAUCGAGGGCGUCUUUAAAGCAGUUCCAUUCUAGUUUUGUUCAGGCCCAGUUUUUAUGUUUCUGAAUUUAAAUACUGUCACCUUGGCAGGAAUGACUACAACCUCCAGAAUGCAUUGCACAAUGCAAAAUCCCACAGGGCUCAAGAUACAAGCUGUGGUAUUAAUAUUGUAACACCAGCGUAAUAUUUCAGCUGUACAUUUAUUAUAUCCCCAAGUCAAAGGAUAUCAGACAAGAUCCUGGUUACAAAAAUGCCUAGUUCUUUAGGAUGGUGACUAUAUCACGUUCUACACAUCGACUUAAGUAUUAAUACUGCCUGUAUUUCUCACCUAUCAGUUGCACCUUUAUCAUAUGAUUGAAAGUUGAGAUUUGAGUGGAUUUAUGGUUCGGCUGAUGCAGACAUGCCUUCCCCUUAAAGGGACCUUGCAUCCACCACCCACUGAAGAGCAAUUCUACUUACAUACAAAUGUGCCUUCUUUCUGUGAAAGAAACAAACAAUGUUGGAUAAGAUAAAGAAGCAAGGUGGGAAUUCAUUGUUGAGCCCCAUGGAUAGCUUUCCUGAAUGAGCGAGUAGUUACUUCAAGCAAAUGGGCAUUGACAUCCUAUGCUCUAAAAAUAACCAACAGUCUGCAGCAUUUAUCGUAGCAUUUUUCUACCUUGUAGCCUGGAAUUACUAGCUCCAAGUUGAACCUGUAUUGCAAGUUGCUAUAUCCAAAGUUUUGUACAAAUUAGAUGUUUGACCCUUUGAUUUUAUAUUCUUAAAGCCUAUGUUUUUAUAAUUAUUUAUUGCACAAUGUGUAUAUAUAUGACUCAACUGAGAUUAUAUAUUUGCAGAAAGUGUCUUAUCUGCUGUUUCUAGUUUAUAAACUUGCCAUGGUGGCUUGAAGGCAGCAUGAGCUACAUUUACUAUCAUGCUUCACAGCGCAGGAUCCAGAGUGAGUUCCAUGGAAGCGGAUGUUAAAUGUAUAAUCUCUCCUGUCACUCAGUGUACAUAUUCUUCUUUUAGUAUUUAGAAAUAGCAACAAACAAAGAAAUAAAAUUUAUUCAUGUAGUGUA